AUGGCCGGGAACCCCGAGCCCAGCCCACAGGGUCUCGUGGUGUUCCGCCCCGCCCCCUCGCCCCGCCCCUCGCCCCCGCCCGCCACGGUCCUCUGGGUGCUCUCCGCGCUUGAGAGCGGCGGAGACGCGCGGCGACUGCUCGGGACGGCGCGAUUGAGUCGAGUGGCGGCCGCGCGUGAGGCCCCGGGUCGCGGCCCGCGGGUGCUGGUGGUGGGCGGUGCUCGCGGGGCUGGGGCGGCGCAAAGGCUCUGCAGCCACCCGGCCUUCCGGCGGCUGCGGGUCCUGGAGGCCACUUCCCGCGCCGGCGGCCGCAUCUGCUCAGAGCGCAGCUUCGGUGGCGUGGUAGAGCUAGGUGCUCACUGGAUCCACGGGCCCUCCCAGGGCAACCCCGUCUUCCAGCUGGCGGCCAGGUACCAGCUGCUGGAGGAAAAGGACUUGUCAGAGGAGAACCAGCUGAUUGAGACUGGGGGCCACGUGGGCUUGCCUUCCGUGUCCUACACUAGCUCUGGGGUAAGUGUGAGCCAUGAGCUGGUGGUGGAGAUGGCUGGUCUGUUCUAUGGGCUCAUCGACCAGACUCGGGAGUUCCUGCGCCUGCCGGACGCCCCAGUGCCCAGUGUCGGGGAGUACCUGAAGAGGGAGAUCAGUCAGCAUGCAGCUGGCUGGACGGAGGACGAGGAGACCAGGAAACUCAAGCUGGCCAUCCUCAACAGCUUCUUCAACGUGGAGUGCUGUGUGAGCGGCACCCACAGCAUGGACCUGGUGGCCCUCGCACCCUUCGGGGAAUACACCGUGCUGCCGGGGCUGGAUUGCACCUUUCCUGGGUAUGUGGGGCUCACAAACCGCAUAAUGGCCUCCUUGCCCGAGGACGUGGUAGUUUUUAACAAGCCUGUAAAGACCAUUCACUGGAAUGGGUCCUUCCGGGAAGCCUCUUCUCCUGGGGAGACGUGUCCGGUGUUGGUGGAGUGUGAGGACGGAGGCUGCUUCCCUGCACAUCAUGUCAUUGUCACUGUGCCCUUAGGUUUUCUUAAAGAACGUCUGGACACCUUCUUUGAGCCCCCGCUGCCCACCCAGAAGGCAGAAGCGAUCAGGAAAAUAGGCUUUGGGACCAACAAUAAAAUCUUCCGGUUUGAGGAGCCCUUCUGGGAGCCAGACUGCCAGUUCAUCCAGGUGGUGUGGGAAGACACGUCGCCCCUGCAGGACGGCGCCUCCGAGCCCCAGCACGUCUGGUAGAAGCUUAUUGGCUUUCUAGUCCUGCCUCCCUUCGAGUCUGCCCACGUCCUUUGUGGGUUCAUCGCUGGGCUGGAGUCCGAGUUCAUGGAGACGUCCGACGAGGAAGUGCUUCUGUCUCUGACCCAAGUGCUCCGCAGGGGUAAACGCGUGUCUCUGGGUUCAGGAAACGCCGAGCUCCCCGCGCCCAGGAGCGUGCUGCGCUCCGCGUGGCACAGCGCCCCGUACACCAGGGGCUCCUACAGCUACGUGGCGGUGGGCAGCUCCGGGGACGACGUGGACCUGCUGGCGCAGCCCCUGCCUGCGGACGGCGCGGAGGCGCAGGUCCUGUUUGCAGGGGAAGCCACACAUCGGGCGUUUUACUCCACCACGCACGGGGCUCUGCUGUCUGGCUGGAGGGAGGCCGACCGGCUCAUCGCUCUGUGGGACACCCAAGCGCAGCUGCCUGAGCCCGGCUCUGAGCCCUGCUCCUUCCAUUCCGAGCUGGGCUCUGCCCCUCCUUGUCCGGGGGAGGCUGCCACCAUCCUUUCUCUGACAGCGUCUGGCCUGGCCAAGAUUUGGGGAUAUUAAUGACAGCCUUCCUUUUUUGGCGACUGGGGACAGCUCUCAUUUCUCACGUGUAUCAUGGAGUCUGGUCAGGCCGAGCUUGAGCUGAGUGCGAGGUCUUCCUGGAGAAGUGUGAUGCAAGGCGCCAGCACUGCUGCUGAGGGCGUGCACAUAAAGUGUGUUAAAGCCUC